CCGAGCGGAGCCCGACUGGGGACCGGGACCCGGUGAUGGGACCGGGGCCGGGGGUGGGGGCGGCGCCGGUGGGUGUCUCCCGGCCCCAGCCCCGGCCGGUAACUCCGCCUGCCGUAUUUAUGGGAAAACAAGCGGCGGCAGAGCCGGGCGGCCGCGGCGGAGCGUCGGGCCGUGCCGUGCCGUGCCGUGCCGUGCCGUGCCGUGCCGUGCCGUGCCGUGCCGGAUCGGGCGGAGCCGGGCCAUGGCCACGGCCACGGCCACCGCGGCGGCAGCAGCCCGAGCCUAGCGCGGCGGCGGGGAUGCGGCGGGGGGGCCGCGGGGGCGGCGGGCGCGGAGCAGUGCUGGGAUGGAGCUGCCACAGGGCCCUUGGCCAGCUCAGCCCACCCAUCCCCUCGCUGCUUCCACUGGACCAGGGCUGGCUGCCUUCCUCUGAGGCCGUCUGAAGGGGAGCUGGCAGGAGAAGAGUCGCUUUUAAGAUGACACGAACAGACCCACCUGACAUCCUGGUGUCUACGGUGUACCAAGACAUAAAGGUGGCCACCGCAGCCCCCAGGGAUUCGAUUGUCUGCCAGCCCCUGGCACAAUGUGAUGCCUCCAUGUCCUCAUCCCUGCCCCGCGAGCCACAGCCCUUCAAUAAGCGCCACUGCAGGAGCUUUGACUUCCUGGAGUCGCUGGACGAGCAGCUGGGCACCCCCCCAGCCAUGGAGCGGCCCUGCCCGCGCCCCGGCACCCCCGAGCCCGCGCCGGGGCCGCCGGGCAGACGGAUGCCACCGAAGACGGACCCUUACGCUGGCAGAGCCCCCGCGCCGAGGAGCGAGCCGAAGCGACGCGCCCGCUCUAAGAGCGCGCCUCGGGUGAAGUCCACCUUCACCCCCGUGCCCAUCACCGUCUCAGCAUCGCCGCCACCGGCCCGGCGUGGGCGCGAGGCCUUGCGGGUGGCGCGGGAGCCCUCCCGCCCCGAGCCCUCCCCGCGCCGUGAGAGCCAGGCUCCCCUGCGCGCCCUGGCCAACGAGGUGCACCCCAUCAAGCUGCAGCCGCAGCGCAGCAGCGUCAGCCGCAUCUCCCCGCUCUGCCUGGGCAGCAACUGCUUCGAGGAGGGGCUGGGCCCCAAGGUGGGCGCCAGCCCCCACGUCAAGUGCCGGGUGGACAUCAAGCCGGACGAGGCGGUGCUGGUGCACGCGUCGCGCAGCCUGCGAGCGGCCCAGAGCCGGCAGGAACCACCGCGCUGGCCCCGCACACCCGCGGCCGCCCGCAGCCUGGCAGUGCCGGGGAGCAGGCAGGCAUCCACGUCCCGCACACCCACCCCCAGCGACUCCUACAGCGGGGACCCCCCGCUCCUGCCCUACCCCGGCGAGUACUAUGAGGCAGACCCCCGGGCGCUGGCGUACCAGACGGUGCCAGUGCCAGCCUCGCGGGACUUCAGGGAGUACCCCGACAGGGGCUGCAUGACCUUCUCAGCCCCCAGCGUCCCUGCCAAAUUCUUCUACGCAGAGGAGCCGGCGCGGUGCCCCAGCCCUGCCAUGCCCCUCCGCAGCUCUGGCUACGCCAGCUACCCCUACCCUGGCCGCCACGCCGUCCCCCAGCACUUUUACACCGAGGAUCCGGCCAAAGCCGCCAUCCACACGGUGCCACCCCGGACGUUGUACGUGGAGGAGGCGCGGGGCUACCCUGUCCAGGAGGCGCCUGCCCGUGCCUUCUACGGGGACGAGCCCCGCUUUUACGCCCCCCGCAGCACCCCUGUCAAAACCCUCUACGCCGAGGAUGCCCGGACGUACCCGGCCCUCGGCUCCUCUGCCCGGGUCUUCUAUGCUGAGGACUACGGGAAGUACCGGGAGCGGGAGGUGCUGUCGCGGACGUGCCCCCCGCCCCGCAGCACCCAGCCCUUGCACUUCGGCGACUGGUACUGCCCCGAGCGGGCCACGCUGCCCUACCAGACCUUGCAAGUGUCUCGCUUCAACCCGCAGCCAGCUGGGCGUGAGGCCAUGGUCUCCUCCUGGCAUGCCAGCUAUGGUGUAACCCCUCCGCGACUGGGUCGGGAGAGCCAGCACUACUCCAAAUCCUGGGAUAACAUCCUGGCGCCGGCGGCACGCAGGGAGGAGGUCCUGCAGCGCGGGCGCAGCUACGAGAACCUGCUCGCCCAGGAGCAGCACCGUGCCUUAUCCCCCGAGGAGCGCCGGCAGCCGGUGGUGAUCAACCUGUCGAGCUCGCCCAAGCGCUACGCCGCCCUGUCCCUCUCGGAGAGCUCCAUCCUUGAGAGGGUGCACGCGGACGGUGGCCGCGGCCCCCCGGGCCGCUCCUGGUACGUCACACCGGAGAUCACCAUCACCGACAAUGACAUCCGCACCGACGGACUGGGCAGGAGUGAGAGGCGCUCGGCCAGCUGGGAUGUGCUGGACGCGGGGCGGGAGCGUGGUCCCUACGCUGUGCCCUGCGGCCCACAGCCCGUCCCCAGGGAGGGCGGCUCAGGGCGCCAGCGCAGCCUGGAGCAGCUGGAUGAGCUCAUCACCGACCUCGUCAUCGACUACAAGCCGGCACCAGGCCACCGCGCCGGGGACAGGGACAGCCUGGCUGAGCAGCUCAAGCAGCUUCUGAGCACCAAUGCCCCAGGGCCCCCCCGGCGGGGCGAGAGCAGGAGGGGCGCCCCCGGCGUGCCCGAGGGACCCCGACCCACAAAGGAGCAGCCGGGUCCCAGCUCCCGGGCCAGCGCCCCACGCCCCCCUCCUGCCUCACUCUCCGUUGGCCCCUUCGAGAAGUCGCCCGAGAACUGCUCGCCCGACCUGAGCGCAGAGGAGGACGACAUGAUGAUGUGCUCCAACGCCAAGUGCCGGCGGACGGAGACCAUGUUCAACGCCUGCCUCUACUUCAAGUCGUGCCACAGCUGCUACACCUACUACUGCUCCCGGCACUGCCGCCGCGAGGACUGGGACACGCACAAGGAGAGCUGUGUCUACGGGCGUGUGGGCAGCGUCUGCCGCCACGUCCUGCAGUUCUGCCGGGAGAACGCCGAGGUGCACAAAGCCUUCUCGCGCAUCGCCAAGGUGGGCUACCUCUCCCGCGGCCGUGGCGUCCUCUUCCUGGGCUUCCCCAAUGCCGGCUCGGCAGAGAACUUCCUCCAAUUCGGGCUGGAGAGCCUGCUGAUGUCCCCCACCUACCUGUCCCUGAGGGAGCUGGAGAGCUACUCGGACAACCUGGGGGAGUACGCCCAGGAGCUGCGGGAGACGGGCAACCAGUACGACCCCGACGAAUGUUUCCUCCUGAAUGUAACCGUGGCCGUCACUCAAAAAGUGCCGGAGAGGCCAUCGCCGAAGAUGCAGGUGCCGACGGUCAGGAAAUACGCCAAGGUGGCCUUAGCCUCCUCCAGCCCCGAGAAGAAGAUCCUGAAGAAGGAGCGGGACAUGGAGACGUUGAUCCUGACGCCCCCGCCAGGAACAGCGGACAUCGACAAGGAGGGGGAGGAGGGCCGCAAGGCGCGGGAGGUCUGCUUCAUCAAUAUCCAGCGGGAGCUGCGCAUCCGCGGCGUCUUCCUGCGGCACGAGUUCCCCAGCGUCUACGAGCAGCUCUGCGACUUCGUGGAGAGCAACAAGCGCUUCACCCCCACCACCAUCUACCCCAUCGACAAGAGGACAGGCAAACAGUUCAUGUGCAUGAUCAUGGCAGCCUCCGAGCCCCGCACCCUCGACUGGGUGGCCAGCCCCAACCUCCUGGAUGAUAUCAUGUGAAUGUGGAGCUGGGACCCCCCCCCCCCCCGCCCCGGAACACCCCUCUUUGUAGAUAGGUGUUGCCCUCUCAGCACAGUGGGACAGGGACCCCCUCUCAGAUGCAGCACCAGAGGAGGCGGCUGCGAUGGGCUGCAGGCAGCCGGCGCUGGCCGGGGGCAGGGGGGGGGCACAGCCAAAGUGGCGGGGGGGCCGGGCUGGGGAAGGCCAUGGGGUAGUGGGAACAUGGGCCGAGGGUUGCCGUGGGGCACAGGUCCCAGCCAGCAUCCUGUCAAGACCCCACAGAUCCCCUCUCAGGGUGAGUGGUGCUUGGCCGGAGCGGGGGCACCCCAGGCAUCCCCCCCCCCCCCCCCCCCCCCCCAGUCUCUGCCCACGGGGCAGCUCGGCUGCCGCACCCCGAGCCUCCCGUGCCCGCCCACGCACCCUGCCUGCUCCCAGGGCCCUGCCCGGCUGUGCCCCGGGGGGCCCGUGGAACGCCGCACCAGUGGGCCCGCGUGAUUUGCGGGUGGGCGCCGGGCUGCACAAGGUCUCUGUUCCUGUAGUGUCUCCGUGUCCUGAGCAUGUUACUGUGUGAUCUUUAGGUGCAGCGGGGACCCUGUAAGGCACCCUCGGGUGCCCCCCAGGACCCCAUGAAGUCUCUGGGUGCGGGUGUGGUCCCUGCAUGCUGUGUGUGUGGGGGGGUCCCUGGGUGUUGACACGGGUGCAGGGUCGCACCCAGUGACGGGUGCUGGCCCAGUGGGGGGGGUGGUGGGCAGUGCUGGUGC